AUGUCUUCGGGUUCCAGAGCCAACAAGGCCAACCCCAGGAGUCGACCCAGCACCCUCUCCGUCCCGGCCGAGUCAGCAAGGGAGAUGCAGCAAAAGCUGAAGGAGGAGCGCGAGGCCAAGCGGGCGCAGCUCGACAGCAGGCAUGACUACGUCCUCAGCAUCGUGGCCUCCUGCCUGGGCCUGGACAAGGCCGACGUUGAAGAUGCCAUACUCGAGGGCACUCAGAUCGACCGCAUGGAGCGGUUCUUCAUGGCCAAAGGUCUCCCCCAUCUCAUGUUCUACCACCAGGAGGUGGAACCACUGGAACGAGGGGCGGCGGCCACAGCUACACCCACCCCUGCUCCUAAUACCACCACCAACACCACCACCAACACCGCCACCCCCACCACCACCCCAUCCUCCAUCACCACAGCAGCCGGUCGCAGCAAGAAGGCCAAAGUGUUUGUGACGGAAGGGACGGACGUUGCGCUGACGGGCGUGUGCGUCUUCUUCACCAGGGCCAACACCUCUAAGGCUAUCACCUCGGAGAGCAUUCACCGGGACGUGAACUUCAACAUGCUGGACACCACCGGGGUGGGGCUGCUGAAGAGCGUGGAGCAGCUGCUGUCGGAGAUCUUCAUCCCCACCCUGAGGAAGAUGAACCACGGCUGGGGCGAGCUGGCCAGCCCCCAGGCCCAGGACAUCAAGAGGGACUUCAUGGCCUCGCUGGAGAACUUUGUGUCCGUGCUGGCCGGAGCGCAGGACAACCUGCAGGAGAAGGUUAACUUGCGGGAGUGUGAGGGCUUUGACCUGCGGACUCUCAGGGGCCCUUCAGACUACAUGGCGGCGGCCAACAGCAGUGAGACCCUGGAGAGAAUGGAGGUCUGCUUGAAGGUCUGGAUCAAGCAGAUCGAACAGGUCCUGGCCGAGAGUGACCAGCUGAGGAAGGAGGCGGACGACCUGGGUCCUCGUGCCGAGCUAGACCACUGGAAGAAGCGCAUGUCCCGCUUCAACUACCUGCUGGACCAGCUGAAGAGCCCCGCCGUCAAGGCCGUGCUAGGCGUACUCGUCGUGGCCAAGUCUAAACUCAUCAAGUCGUGGAAGGAGCUGGACACCAGGAUAACGGACUCUGCCAACGAGGCUAAAGACAACGUCAAGUACCUCUACACUCUGGAGAAGUUCUGUGACCCGCUCUACAACAGCGACCCUGUGUCGAUGGUGGACGCCAUUCCUGGUCUGGUGAACGCCAUCAGGAUGAUCCACAGCAUCUCCCGAUACUACAACACGUCUGAGAAGAUCACCUCGCUGUUUGUCAAGGUGACCAAUCAGAUGAUCACAGCAUGCAAGGCGUACAUCACCACCAGCGGCUCAGUCACCCUCUGGGACCAGCCGCCGCAGCAGGUGAUCGAGAGGAUCGCCGCCUCCAUCCGCCUCAACCAGGAGUACCAGCGGUAUUUCCACCAAACCAAGGAGAAGCUGGAACAGACUCCGGCGGAGAGGCAGUUUGACUUCAGCGAGAUGUACAUCUUCGGGAAGUUCGACACGUUCCAGCGACGCCUCACCAAGAUCCUGGAGCUGUUUGCCACCAUCGCCACGUACUCCGCCCUCCAGGACUCCAAGAUAGAGGGCCUGGAGACCAUGGCCACAAGGUUCCAGACUGCAGAAAUGCAGGGGAAAUGGGAGGCUAUUGUACAAGGCAUGAAGAAAAAACAUUACAGUUUCCUGGACCAGAGAAGAACCGACUUUGACGUAGACUAUGAAGAAUUCUGUCAAAGCACCACUGAACUACAUAAUCAGCUGAAGAAUUUCAUGGACAGCACGUUUGAAAAGAUUCACAACACAGAGCGGGCUCUGAAUGUGCUGAAAAAAUUUGAAAGGCUGGGCAUCCCAGACCUGGGCAUCCAGGACAAGUACCAGCACAUCCUGCAGAACUACAGCCGGGACAUCGAGAUGGUUUCCCGUACCUACACCCGGCAGAAGCUAGACCCCCCCAUCGGCCGGGACCUGCCCCCCGUGGCGGGCCGCAUCAUGUGGGCCAGGCAGCUGUACCGGAGGAUCCAGGAUCCCAUGGACCUCUUCCAGCAGCAAGCCGGCGUUCUGUCCACGGUGGAGGCCAAGAGGAUCAUCCGGAACUACAACCGCGUUGCCAGGGUUCUGCUGGAGUACGAGAUGCUCUACCACCGCGGCUGGAUGCAACAGAUGGACGGUGCCAGGCUGGGUCUGCAGGCCUCCCUUCUGGUCCGCUCCACCGAGACGGGGGAGCUGUUUGUCAACUUCGACCCAGAGAUCCUGACACAGAUCCGGGAGGCGGACUGCAUGAGCAGGAUGAAGCUGGAGGUUCCCCCCUUCGCCUCCCUGCUGCAGCAGCGACAGGCAAACCUCAAGGGCAACUUCAACAAGCUACAGCUGAUGCUGAGGGAGAGCUGCCGGGUGCGCAGUAAGAUCCAGAGUGCCUUUGAGCAGCUGGUCAUGCCCCAUGUGGCAAAGGUAGACGAGGCGAUACAGCCCGGCCUGACCUCCCUCACCUGGACCUCGCUGAACAUCGACAAGUACCUGAGCCGCAUCAACAUCGCCCUGGGGGACCUGGAGCUGCUGAUGGACCGCGUCAACGACCUGGUGGAGUUCCGUAUCGACGCGGUACUGCAGGAGAUGAGCGCCACCCCACUGUGCGUUCUGCCCGACGACCAGCCCUUCGCCUGCGACGAGUUUGUCCAGACCACCAGGGAGCUGUGUAUCAAAGGUGCCCAGAGCCUCCACACCAAGAGCUCAUUGGUGGAGGAGGCAGCCAAUGAGCUGAUCAACAUGCUGCUGGAGUUUGACAACGGCCACAAGGAGGAGGAGGGAGAGGUGGCCACACCUGCCGGUCAGGCUGAAGCUAGAGCCCCGGACCACGUCGACGCAGACGGCGAGGAGGACAGCCGCUCGGACGCCCGCCUGUUCUCCAGGAAUACCCUGGCCCCUCCGGGCCCCGGGGGCCCCUCCACUGCCUCGCCCCUGGUGCGGGGCCGGAGGAAGAAGAGGGACCUUCUGGAGGUGAUGGAGGAAGAGGCCCAGGAGCUACUCUCCCACUUCAACCACCGCAACGUGGACGCCCUGCUGCGGCUGACGCGCAACACCUUGGAGGGCCUCCGCCGCCGCAUCCACGCCUCCACGCUCACACACUUCCUGGCCCAGGGCGACCCUCCAAGCCGCAGCAUCAGGACCGGGAACCAGGCCAUCUUCAGGGCCAACGUCAUCCUCUCCAUCCCCAACGUCGCCAUGGUGCCGGCGCUGGAGGAGGUGCAGCAGGCCCUGAACCGGGCGGUGGAAUGUGUAGUCAGCGCCAGCAAGGGAGUGGGCCAGUGGAGCAAGGAGCGGAUCUCUAAGAAGAAGAUGAGUGAGAGGCGAAUGGCCGCCCUGAAACCAGAGAGCAGCGAGAGUGAGUCCGAGUCCGAAGACACCACACACAGGAGCCUGGCUGAUGGCAGCAUGUCCGACAUCUCAGCGUCGUGCGCGGUCCAGACGCUGCCCUUCCAAGCCAAGAACUACUACAAGGGGGUCUCUGAGAACAAGGAGAUCGUCAAGCUGGUGUCGGUCCUGAGCACCUCCAUAAACUCCAACAAGAAGGAGGUGCUGACCGCGGUGGAGCGGUUCAGUCAGUACCACCACAUCUGGAGACGGGAUCGGGAGGACACCAUCCUCACGUUCAGCCAGGGGACACCGUUGCUUUCUGAGUUUGAGAGCCGGAUCCUCUAUUACCGAGACCUGGAGCUGGAGAUCAACGGAGAACCGGAGUACAUUACGGUCGGAUCUCUGGCCCUGUAUACAGCGGACCUGAAGAUGUCCCUCACGGCCGAGACCAAGAGCUGGAUCAUGCAGUACGGUCUCCACUGCAACAAGAAGUACCGCUCAGAGAUGGAGCAGAUCUUCGUCUUUGUAGACGAGGCGGGCAAGAAGCUGAACCGGCAGAUCAAAGACCUGGACGACAUACGCAUCGCCAUGGCAGCCCUCAAAGAGAUCAGAGAGCACCAGAUUUCCAUUGAUUUCCAAGUCGGUCCCAUCGAGGAAUCCUACGCCAUGCUCCACAAGUACGGGCUGUCGGUGGCCAAGGAGGAGGUGGAGAAGGUGGACACGCUGCGCUACACCUGGGAGAAGCUGCUGUCCCGCAGCACGGAGGUGCAGAACGAGCUGGCCUCCCUGCAGCCCAACUUCCGCGGGGAGCUCAUCGACAACGUGGAGACCUUCCUGGACGACUGCUCCCACUUCUACCAGGAAUACGACGAGGAUGGGCCCAUGGCAGUGGGAUUAGCUCCCCAGGAUGCCAGCGACAGACUCAUCAUGUCCCAGAACCGCUUCGACAACCUGUUCAGGAAGUACCAGACGUACACGGGCGGCGAGGAGCUGUUCGGGCUGCCUGUGACCCACCACCCCCAGCUGCUGGAGAUCCGCAAGCAGCUGACCCUGCUGCAGAAGCUGUACGGCCUGUACAACAGCGUCAUCGACACGGUCAACGGCUACAACGACGUGCUGUGGGCCGACAUCCACAUCGAGAGGAUCAACAACGAGCUGCUGGACUUCCAGAGCCGGUGCCGCAAACUGCCCCGGGCCCUGAAGGAAUGGCAGGCCUUCCUGGACCUGAAGAAGACCAUCGACGAGUUCAGCGAGUGCUGCCCCCUGCUGGAGCUCAUGACCAACCGCGCCAUGAUGAGCCGCCAUUGGAAACGGAUCACUGAGGUGACUGGGCAUACCUUUGAGGUGGAGUCCGACACCUUCAAGCUCCGCAACAUCAUGGAGGCUCCGCUGCUGAAGAAUAAAGAGGAGAUCGAGGACAUCUGCAUCAGCGCGGUGAAGGAGCGGGACAUCGAGCAGAAGCUGAAGCAGGUGAUCGCCGAGUGGGACAACAAGACCUUCACCUUCGCCCACUUCAAGGCCCGCGGGGAGCUGCUGCUGCGGGGGGACAGCACGUCGGAGGUCAUCGCCAGCAUGGAGGACAGCCUCAUGGUGCUGGGCUCCCUCAUGAGCAACAGAUACAACACUCCGUUCAAGGUGCAGAUCCAGAAGUGGGUCCAGAACCUGUCCAACACCACGGACAUCAUCGAGAACUGGAUGACCGUCCAGAACCUCUGGAUCUACCUGGAGGCCGUGUUCGUGGGCGGGGACAUUGCCAAGCAGCUUCCUAAAGAGGCCAAGAGGUUCUCCAACAUCGACAAGUCCUGGGUGAAGAUAAUGACCCGGGCCCACGAGAUGCCCAACGUGGUGCAGUCGUGCGUGGGCGAUGAGACCAUGGGCCAGCUCCUGCCCCACCUGCUGGAGCAGCUGGAGAUCUGCCAGAAGUCCCUGACGGGCUACCUGGAGAAGAAGCGCCUGCUGUUCCCGCGGUUCUUCUUCGUCUCCGACCCCGCCCUGUUGGAGAUCCUGGGCCAGGCAUCGGACUCGCACACCAUCCAGGCCCACCUCCUCAACGUCUUCGACAACAUCAAGAGCGUCCGCUUCCAUGACAAGACGUACGACCGCAUCAUGGCGGUGUCGUCGCGGGAGGGCGAGACGGUGGAGCUGGAGCGGCCGGUGCUGGCGGAGGGAAACGUGGAGCUGUGGCUGCACGCCCUGCUGCAGGAGUCCCAGAGGUCCCUGCACCUGGUCAUCCGCCGGGCAGCGCUCGCCAUCCAGGACUCGGGCUUCCAGCUCGUCGACUUCCUCCACUCCUUCCCGGCGCAGGUGGGCCUGUUGGGGGUGCAGAUGAUCUGGACGCGGGACGCGGAGGAGGCCCUGACCAACGCCCGCUACGACCGGCGCAUCAUGCCCAAGACCAACCAGCUGUUCCUGGACCUGCUCAACACGCUCAUCGACAUGACCACCCGGGACCUGGGGGCCGUGGAGCGGACCAAGUACGAGACCCUCAUCACCAUCCACGUCCACCAGAGGGACAUCUUCGACGACCUGUGCCGGCUGCACGUCAAGAGCCCCACCGACUUCGAGUGGCUGAAGCAGUGCCGCUUCUACUUCAACGAGGACGCCGACCGCAUGGCCAUCCACAUCACCGACGUGGCCUUCGUCUAUCAGAACGAGUUCCUGGGCUGCACCGACCGUCUGGUCAUCACGCCCCUGACGGACAGGUGCUACAUCACCUUGGCCCAGGCUCUGGGCAUGAGUAUGGGAGGUGCACCCGCCGGGCCGGCUGGAACAGGUAAAACGGAAACCACCAAAGACAUGGGCCGAUGUUUGGGAAAGUAUGUGGUGGUGUUCAACUGCUCUGAUCAGAUGGACUUCAGAGGCCUUGGACGCAUAUUUAAAGGCCUCGCCCAGUCGGGGUCGUGGGGCUGCUUCGACGAGUUCAACCGCAUCAACCUGCCGGUGCUGUCCGUGGCGGCGCAGCAGAUCGCCAUCGUGCUGAGCUGCAAGAAGGAACGCCGCAAGAACUUUGUCUUCACCGACGGGGACACCGUGGAGAUGAACCCCGAGUUUGGCCUCUUCCUCACCAUGAACCCGGGCUAUGCCGGGCGCCAGGAGCUCCCGGAGAACCUGAAGAUCAGCUUCCGCUCGGUGGCCAUGAUGGUCCCGGACCGGCAGAUCAUCAUCAGGGUGAAGCUGGCCAGCUGUGGCUUCAUAGACAACAUGGAGCUGGCCCGCAAGUUCUUCACCCUCUACAAGCUGUGUGAGGAGCAGCUGUCCAAACAGGUGCACUACGACUUCGGUCUGCGUAACAUCCUGUCCGUGCUGCGGACCCUCGGAGCAGCCAAGCGGGCCAAUCCCAACGACACAGAGUCGACCAUCGUCAUGAGGGUCCUCCGGGACAUGAAUCUCUCCAAACUGAUUGAUGAGGAUGAGCCUCUGUUUCUGAGCUUGAUUGAGGACCUCUUCCCGGGGAUCCAGCUUGACAAAGCAGGCUACCCAAAACUGGAGACCGCUAUCGACGUACAGGUUGAGGACGCUGGUCUGAUAAGCCACCCCCCCUGGAAGCUGAAGGUGAUCCAGCUGUACGAGACUCAGAGGGUGCGCCACGGCAUGAUGGCACUAGGACCCAGCGGCGCUGGGAAGACCACCUGCAUACACACCCUGAUGAGGGCCAUGACAGACUGCGGCCAGCCCCACAGAGAGAUGCGCAUGAACCCCAAGGCCAUCACCGCCCCUCAGAUGUUCGGGCGGCUAGACGUGGCCACCAACGACUGGACCGACGGCAUCUUCUCCACCCUCUGGAGGAAGACGCUCAGGGCCAAGAAAGGGGAACACAUCUGGAUCGUGCUGGACGGGCCCGUGGACGCCAUCUGGAUCGAGAACCUCAACUCGGUGCUGGACGACAACAAGACGCUGACGCUGGCCAACGGCGACCGCAUCCCGAUGGCGCCCAACUGCAAGGUGGUGUUCGAGCCGCACAACAUCGAGAACGCCUCCCCGGCCACCGUGUCCCGCAACGGCAUGGUGUUCAUGAGCUCCUCCGUGCUGAGCUGGAGUCCCAUCCUGGAGGGCUGGCUGAAGAAGCGCUCUCCCCAGGAGGGCCAUGUCCUACGGGCACUCUUCUCGGCCUCCUUCCCCGAGCUCUACCGUUUCAGCACCCAGUCCCUGGAGUUCAAGAUGGAGCUGCUGGAGGCCUUCGUCAUCAUGCAGAGCAUCAACAUGCUGCAGGGCCUCAUCCCGCCCAAGGACCAGGGCGGGGAGGUGUCCCGGCUGCACAUGGAGCGGCUGUACGUGUUCGCUCUGAUGUGGAGCGUGGGCGCCCUGCUCGAGCUGGGGGACCGACGGAAGAUGGAGAGCUGGAUGAGGGCCAACGUGGAGCUGGACCUGCCCGCCGUCGCCCCCGACAGCGAGGACUGCAUGUUCGACUACCACGUCAGCACCGACGGCCAGUGGGUACACUGGAGCAGCAGGAUGGAGGAAUACGUCUACCCCUCGGACUGGACCCCUGAGUACGGAUCCAUCCUGGUGCCCAACGUGGACAACGUCCGGACGGACUUCCUCAUCCAGACCAUCGCCUCGCAGGGCAAGGCCGUGCUGCUGAUCGGGGAACAGGGCACCGCCAAGACCGUGAUCAUCAAGGCCUACAUGUCCCGGAGCGACCCAGAGACGCACAUGGCCAAGAUCCUCAACUUCUCCUCCGCCACCACGCCGCUGAUGUUCCAGAGAUCGGUGGAGAGCUACGUGGACAAGCGCAUGGGCACCACCUACGGCCCGCCCGCCGGCAAGAAGAUGGCCGUCUUCAUCGACGACAUCAACAUGCCCGUCAUCAACGAGUGGGGAGACCAGGUCACCAACGAGAUCGUGCGGCAGCUGAUGGAGCAAACAGGCUUCUACAACCUGGAGAAGCCCGGGGAGUUCACCAACAUCGUGGACAUCGCCUUCUUGGCUGCCAUGUGCCACCCAGGCGGGGGGCGCAACGACAUCCCCCAGCGGCUCAAGAGGCAGUUCUGCAUCUUCAACUGCACCCUUCCCUCCAACACCUCCAUCGACAAGAUCUUCGGGGUCAUCGGCGUGGGCCACUACUGCGCCCGGCGGGGCUUCGGCGAGGAGGUGCGCGGCGCCGUGCCCCGCCUGGUGUCCCUGACGCGCGGCCUCUGGCAGGCCACAAAGGCCAAGAUGCUGCCCACGCCCGCCAAGUUCCACUACGUCUUCAACCUGCGGGACCUGUCCCGCGUCUGGCAGGGGAUGCUCAACACCACCGCGGAGGUGGUGCACUCGCGUCAGGUCCUGCUGUCCCUCUGGAAGCACGAGUGCCAGCGUGUGAUCGCGGACCGCUUCACCACGCCAGAGGACGUGUCGUGGUUCGACCAGGCCCUGGCCCAGCUGCUGCUGCAGGAGGACUUCGGCGGGGACGCCGCGAGGAGCGCCGCCGACAGCGCCGACGACUCGUACUUUGUGGACUUCCUGCGAGACGCCCCCGAAGCCACAGGCGAGGAGGCCGAGGACUCGGACUUCGACAUGCCCAAGGUGUACGAGCCGGUGGAGUCGUACGAGAGCUUGACGGAGCGCCUCACCAUGUUCCUGGGCCAGUACAACGAGAGCAUCCGGGGGGCCGGAAUGGACAUGGUGUUCUUCAGGGACGCCGUGCUGCACCUGGUCAAGGUCUCCAGGAUCAUUCGGACCCCCAGGGGGAACGCCCUGCUGGUGGGCGUCGGGGGCUCUGGGAAGCAGAGCUUGACCCGGCUGGCCUCCUUCAUCGCUGGAUACAAGCUCUUCCAGAUCACCCUGACCCGGUCCUACAACACGGCCAACCUGAUGGACGACCUGAAGGGCCUGUACCGGACGUCCGGCCAGCACGGCAAGGGCAUCACCUUCAUCUUCACCGACAACGAGAUAAAGGACGAGUCCUUCCUGGAGUACCUCAACAACGUGCUGUCGUCCGGAGAGGUGUCCAACCUGUUCGCCCGCGACGAGAUCGACGAGAUCCUGAGCGAUCUCAUUCCCGCCAUGAAGCGGGAGUUUCCACGGAGACCGCCCACCAAUGAGAACCUGUACGAGUACUUCAUGUCCCGGGUCCGGCAGAACCUCCACGUGGUCCUGUGCUUCUCCCCCGUCGGGGAAAAGUUCCGGAACCGCGCCCUGAAGUUCCCGGCGCUGAUAUCGGGCUGCACCAUGGACUGGUUCAGCCGCUGGCCCAAAGACGCCCUCGUGGCCGUGUCGGAGCACUUCCUGUCUGUGUUUGACAUUGAGUGCUCACUGCAGGUGAAGGCUGAGGUGGUGCAGUGCAUGGGCUCCUUCCAGGACGGGGUGGCCGAGAAGUGUGUCGACUACUUCCAGAGGUACAGACGACCGACCCACGUCACACCCAAGUCCUACCUGUCCUUCAUCCAGGGCUACAAGAAGAUCUACAGGGAGAAGAGCUCCGAGGUGCAGACCCUGGCCCAAAGGAUGAACACGGGGCUGCAGAAGCUGAAGGAGGCCUCCGAGUCGGUGGCCGCCCUCAGCCAGGAGUUGGAGGUCAAGGAGAAGGAGCUGCAAGUGGCUAAUGACAAGGCCGACAUGGUGCUGAAGGAGGUUACGGUGAAGGCGCAGGCGGCCGAGCGCGUGAAGGUGGAGGUGCAGAAGGUGAAGGACAAGGCCCAGGCCAUCGUGGACAGCAUCUCCGUGGACAAGGCCAUCGCCAAGGAGAAGCUGGAGGCCGCCCGGCCCGCCCUGCAGGAGGCGGAGGCAGCGCUGCAGACCAUCAAGCCGUCGGACAUCGCCACGGUGCGCACCCUUGGCCGGCCGCCCCACCUCAUCAUGCGCAUCAUGGACUGCGUCCUGCUGCUAUUCCAGCGCCGGGUGAACACCGUGCGGAUGGACCCAGAGAAGCACUGCCACAUCCCCUCCUGGCAGGAGUCCCUCAAGCUCAUGACUGCCGGGAACUUCCUGGGCAGCCUGCAGCAAUUCCCCAAGGACAGCAUCCACGAGGAGGUGGUGGAGCUGCUGCAGCCCUACUUCGACAUGGCCGACUACAACAUCGAAACGGCCAAGCGGGUGUGUGGCAACGUGGCCGGCCUGGCCUCCUGGACCAAGGCCAUGGCCUCCUUCUUCUCCAUCAACAAGGAAGUCCUGCCGUUGAAGGCUAACCUGGCGGUGCAGGAGGGCCGGCUGGCGCUGGCCAACGUGGACCUGCAGGCGGCCCAGGCGGAGCUGGACGCCAAGCAGGCGGAGCUGGACGUGGUGCAGGCGGAGUACGAGCAGGCCAUGAGGGAGAAGCAGACGCUGUUGGAGGACGCAGACCGGUGCCGGCGGAAGAUGCAGACGGCCUCCAGCCUGAUCAGCGGCCUGGCCGGGGAGAAGCUGCGCUGGACAGAGCAGAGCAAGGAGUUUGCGGUCCAGAGCAAGCGCCUCGUGGGCGACGUGCUGCUGGCCACGGCGUUCCUGUCCUACUCUGGCCCCUUCAACCAGGAGUUCCGGAAUCUGCUGCUGGCCGACUGGCAGCAGGAGCUGAAGCAGCGGCGGAUCCCGUUCGCCAACAACCUCAACCUCACCGAGCUGCUCAUCGACGCGCCCACCGUGGGCGAGUGGAACCUGCAGGGCCUGCCCAACGACGACCUGUCCAUCCAGAACGGCAUCAUCGUCACCAAGGCCGCUCGCUUCCCCCUCCUCAUCGACCCCCAGACCCAGGGCAAGAUCUGGAUCAAGAACAAGGAGACCGGGAGCGAACUGCAGAUCACCUCCUUGAACCACAAGUACUUCCGGAACCACCUGGAGGACAGCUUGUCCCUGGGACGUCCCCUUCUGAUCGAGGACGUAGAAGAAGAGCUCGACCCUGCCCUCGACAAUGUCCUGGAGAAGAACUUCAUCAAGACCGGCUCUACCUAUAAGGUGAAGGUGGGGGACAAGGAGGUGGACGUGAUGCGGGGCUUCCGGCUCUACAUGACCACCAAGCUGCCCAACCCCGCCUACACGCCGGAGAUCAGCGCGCGCACCACCAUCAUCGACUUCACCGUCACCAUGCGGGGCCUGGAGGAGCAGCUGCUGGGUCGGGUCAUCCUCACCGAGAAGCAGGAGCUGGAGAAGGAGAGGACGGACCUUCUAGAGGACGUGACGUCCAAUAAGAGGAAGAUGAAGGAACUGGAGGAUAAUCUGCUCUACAGGCUGACCAGCACGCAGGGGUCGCUGGUGGACGACGAGAGCCUGAUCGUGGUCCUGGGGAACACCAAGCGCACGGCGGAGGAGGUGACCCAGAAGCUGCAGAUCGCAGCGGAGACGGAGAUCCAGAUCAACGCCGCUAGGGAGGAGUACCGACCCGUGGCCACCAGGGGCAGCAUCCUGUACUUCCUGAUCACAGAGAUGAGUGUGGUGAACGUCAUGUACCAGACCUCCCUCAGACAGUUCCUGGGACUCUUUGACCUUUCCCUGGCCCGGUCGUCCAAGAGCCCCAUCACAAGCAAGCGCAUCGUGAGCAUCAUCGAUUUCAUGACGUUCGAGGUGUACCGCUACGCUGCGCGGGGGCUGUACGAGGCGCACAAGUUCCUGUUCACCCUGCUGCUCACGCUCAAGAUCGACAUGCAGAGCGGCAAGGUGAAGCACGAAGAGUUCCUCACGCUCAUCAAAGGAGGUGCAUCUCUGGACCUGAAGGCGUGUCCGACCAAAGCAGCCAAGUGGAUCCUGGACAUGACCUGGCUCAACCUGGUGGAGCUCGGCAAGCUGUGGCAGUUCUCUGAUAUACUGGACCAGAUCAGCCGUAAUGAGAAGCAGUGGAAGGCGUGGUUCGAUAGGGAGGCACCGGAGGAGGAGCAGCUCCCCAACUCCUACGACCAGGCCCUGGACUGCUUCAGACGGCUGCUCCUCAUCCGCUCCUGGUGCCCCGACCGCACCAUCGCACAGGCCAGGAAGUACAUCGUGGACGCCAUGGGGGAGAAGUACACCGAGGGGGCCGUGCUGGACCUGGAGAGGAUGUGGGAGGAGUCGGACGCCCGCACGCCCAUGAUCUGCUUCCUGUCCAUGGGCUCGGACCCCACCGACUCCAUCGUGGCGCUGGGCAAGCGGCAGAAGAUGGAGACGCGCUGCGUGUCCAUGGGUCAGGGCCAGGAGGUCCACGCCCGCAAGCUGCUGCAGCAGACCAUGGUCAAUGGCGGCUGGGCGCUGCUGCAGAACUGCCACCUGGGCCUGGACUUCAUGGACGAGCUGAUGGACACGGUGACGGAGACGGACAGCGUGCACGACACCUUCCGCCUGUGGAUGACCACGGAGGCCCACCGCCUCUUCCCCAUCACCCUGCUGCAGAUGGCCAUCAAGUUCACCAACGAGCCGCCGCAGGGCCUGAGGGCGGGGCUCAAGAGGACCUACGGCGGUAUCAACCAGGACCUGCUGGACGUCAGCAACAUGGUGCAGUGGAAGCCCAUGCUGUACGGUGUGGCCUUCCUCCACAGCACGGUGCAGGAGAGGAGGAAGUACGGGCCGCUGGGCUGGAACAUCCCCUACGAGUUCAACCAGGCCGACUUCAACGCCACCGUGCAGUUUGUCCAGAACCACCUGGACGACAUCGACAUCAAGAAGGGCGUGUCCUGGAACACGGUGCGCUACAUGAUCGGCGAGAUCCAGUACGGCGGGCGCGUGACGGACGACUACGACAAGCGGCUGCUCAACACCUUCGCCGCCGUGUGGUUCAGCGAGAACAUGUUCGGCCCCGACUUCCACUUCUACAAGGGCUACAGCAUCCCCCGCUGCUCCGGCGUGGACCAGUACCUCGCCUACAUCCAGGGUCUGCCGGCCUACGACACCCCCGAGGUGUUUGGCCUGCACCCCAACGCCGACAUCACGUACCAGAGCAAGCUGGCCAAGGACGUGCUGGACACCAUCCUGAGCAUCCAGCCCAAGGACAGCUCGUCAGGCGGGGGGGAGACCCGCGAGGCCGUGGUGGGCCGGCUGGCCGACGACAUGCUGGAGAAGCUGCCCCCCGACUACGUCCCCUUCGAGGUGCGGGAGCGUCUCCAGAAGAUGGGGCCCUUCCAGCCCAUGAACAUCUUCCUGCGGCAGGAGGUGGACCGCAUGCAGCGGGUCAUCGUGCUAGUCCGCAACACGCUCACCGACCUCAAGCUGGCCAUCGACGGCACCAUCAUCAUGAGCCAGAACCUGAGGGACGCGCUGGACUGCAUGUACGACGCCCGCAUCCCUGCCCGUUGGAAGAAGGCGUCGUGGGUCUCCAGCACCCUGGGCUUCUGGUUCACAGAGCUGCUGGAGCGCAACCGUCAGUUCCAGGCGUGGCUGUUUGAGGGACGGCCGCUCUGCUUCUGGAUGACGGGCUUCUUCAACCCGCAGGGCUUCCUGACGGCCAUGAGACAGGAGAUCACCCGGGCCAAUAAGGGCUGGGCUCUGGACCGCAUGGUGCUCUGCAACGAGGUGACGCGCUGGAUGAGGGAGGACGUGGCGCAGCCCCCCUCCCAGGGGGUCUACGUGUACGGGCUGAACCUGGAGGGGGCGGGCUGGGACCGGCGAGGCUGCCGGCUGGUCGACUCCAAGCCCAAGGUCCUCUUCGAGCCCAUGCCAGUGGUGCGCAUGUACGCCGAGAACAACGGCGUCAAGGACACACGUCUGUACUCCUGCCCGGUCUACAAGAAGCCUCUACGCAUGGACACCAACUACAUCGCGGCCGUGGACCUGAAGACCUCUCUGGCUCCAGAGUACUGGAUCCUGCGUGGUGUGGCGCUACUCUGCGACGUCACGUAAUUUAUGUGGUUGGUCGUGGGAAGGGUUACAUGUUGCUGCUGGCUAAUGUAUUUUUAUGAGUUAUUGUUUUCUUUUGUUGUUGCAGUUUAUUUAAAAGAAAGUGUUGUGGAACCGUUUUGCUCAUUAACCAGGAUUUUUCUAUGUUCCAUCAAGUGUUUUGAGGUUCUUUUUAACGUUUUACUGCAUUUCGGACGACCAAAGUGCUGACUGUCAUCAUAUCUAAUCGACUGUAAUGCAUUGAAGAUGGAAUAUGAUGAUAUUCAUUUAUACCUUAAGUAUAUUCAAUCUGUGCUUUUAGCUGGGUGUAAUUAAUUCCUCCUCAUGCUCAUGCUUUACUUUGUUUGACAGAGCUGGGCAAUUUGGGCAGAAAUAAUGAUCAUGAUUAUUUUUGAUCAAUAUUUUGAUAACAAUUUCCAGCAAUUAUUUUAAUCAUGGAAAAG